UACUGGGGGUGAUCUCUGAGUCAAUAUAUCUUGGGUGCGCGGGAUCAGCCGUGCCUUGGGCUGCGGUCUGGCAGGGGCUGGGGGUGGUUGGGAAGCCUGGGGCCCCUCUCUGGCAAAAAUAGUCCGCAGUGGUUAGAGCUAAGAGAGUGAGUCAGGCAGGAGUGCGGUGGCGCCUAACCCCUUCGCUGCCACUGGAGCUCCCUCAGGCAUUUUGUCUCCCCCCUGUGCCCCCCAAGACCAGGUUCUUUCUGGGCCGCUCUUGAACUAGGCUCCACGUGGGAUCCUGAGGCCCUCCUCGGCCCAUGAGAAACAAGUCUUCGUGCCUGGAGCAAGAAUCAACGCCACCCGAAGAGAGAAUCCAGGAAUCGCAGGAAGGAUAGGAGACCUCUACGGGAAAGAGUGGCAACAAGGAGAGGCAAAUGUUAGGGACAGGGUGAGGACUUCGGGGUCACGGGAGGUUUUUGGCAAAGUCCAGAUUCUGAGGCCACAGCUGAGCCCCGGCAAGGGGCAAGAGGCAAGCUCAGGGCUCGGAGGUGGGCGGGCACCCGGCUGAACGGCGGUGCGCCUCUCCAGUGUGCUGCAGCGCCUUGCUGCGCGCUGCGGCUGUGGGCUCUACUAGCGACUGCCCAACAUCCGGAGCCAGAAGACAGUCCACCCCUGGGCUUGUCAAAAGAGCUCUCCAGCCACCGCUUUCUCAAUGGAGGAACUGAGGCAAAGAGAAAUGAUGAACUAUUUGGCCACUUGGGCCGGAUCCUGGCUUCCUGGUCUGGGUCACAAUCCGCACAGCCUCGAGGAUCCCAGAGCAGCCCGAGCAUAGCCCAGGCGACCCAAUCCUGCGGGUCGCGGACCCUGCACUCGAACCCCUGGAGCAGGGAGCAGGUAGAGCCGAGGAAAGCCCAGUCUUGGACCCUUCUGACAGAACUUGCUGCUACUGCAGACACCUGGAGGUGACACCGCCCCAGGCGCUGAUCCAUCUACCCACCGGAGCCUCCGGGCUUCGACAUGCUGGAGGAGCCCCGGCGGAGGCCUCCACCCUGGGGCCUCGUUGGUCUCCUGUUCCUGGCCUUGUGCAGUCGAGCUCUCAGCAAUGAGAUUCAGGGCCUGAAGCUGCCAGGCGAGCCGCCACUAACUGCCAACACCGUGUGCUUGACGCUGUCCGGCCUGAGCAAGCGGCAGCUGGGCCUGUGCCUGCGCAGCCCCGACGUGACUGCAUCGGCGCUUCAGGGUCUGCAUAUCGCAGUACACGAGUGCCAGCACCAGCUGCGCGACCAGCGCUGGAAUUGCUCGGCACUCGAGGGCGGUGGCCGCCUGCCGCACCACAGCGCCAUCCUCAAGCGCGGUUUCCGUGAGAGCGCUUUCUCCUUCUCCAUGCUGGCUGCUGGGGUCAUGCAUGCAGUCGCCACAGCCUGCAGCCUGGGCAAGCUGGUGAGCUGUGGCUGCGGCUGGAAGGGCAGUGGUGAGCAGGACCGGCUGAGGGCCAAACUCCUGCAACUCCAGGCACUUUCCCGGGGCAAGAGCUUUCCUCACUCCCUGCCCAGCCCUGUCCCUGGCUCAAGCCCUCCUGGCCCUGGCCCCCAGGACACAUGGGAAUGGGGUGGCUGUAACCAUGACAUGGACUUUGGAGAGAAGUUCUCUCGGGAUUUCUUGGAUUCCAGGGAAGCUCCCCGGGACAUCCAGGCACGAAUGAGAAUCCACAACAACAGAGUUGGGCGCCAGGUGGUAACUGAAAAUCUGAAGCGGAAAUGCAAGUGCCAUGGUACAUCAGGGAGCUGUCAGUUCAAGACAUGUUGGAGGGCAGCCCCGGAGUUCCGGGCUGUGGGGGCAGCACUGAAGGAGCGACUAGGCCGAGCUGUCUUCAUUGAUACCCACAACCGCAAUUCUGGAGCCUUCCAACCUCGCCUGAGACCCCGUCGCCUCUCAGGAGAGCUAGUUUAUUUUGAAAAGUCUCCUGACUUCUGUGAACGAGACCCUACCGUGGGCUCUCCAGGGACAAGGGGCCGGGCCUGCAACAAGACCAGUCAUCUUUUGGGUGGCUGUAGCAGCCUGUGCUGUGGUCGUGGGCACAAUGUUCUCCAGCAGACGAGAGUUGAGCGCUGCCAUUGCCGCUUCCACUGGUGCUGCUAUGUGCUAUGUGAUGAGUGCAGGGUCACAGAGUGGGUCAAUGUGUGUAAGUGAGGAUCAGCCUCAUCUUGGGCUGGGGAAAGGGACUGUUUGAAAGGGGCACUUUUUGAGCCCUGUGCUCAGAUUUCUGUCCAGGGCUAAUCUUGGCUUCUGGAAGCUCAAAGUAUCUACCUGGAAACAGCUUUGGAAUGGUGGGGUCAGACAGGUCUGUGAUUUGCAGCUUUCUCUGCACAGCUGGAAGGGCCUUUAAGGGAAGCUGUUGCCUCACUUCCUCUCCUCUAACACCUGGAUGAACUAAGAUGAAAUGUACUGUAUUGCUUCUCUCUUCUCAACCUCAUGACCCCUUUAUCCCUAAGUCACACUUCUUUGGUUGGGGAGAUCCUCAUAGUUUGGUCACUUCUUUCCUUGAUGAAUAACCCCAAGGACUUGUGUGGAGCCAUUAAGACCUGUAGAAAGAGAUCACCCCCUCGUAUCUGCUUUCUCAAACUUGUCUACCAUAGCCUAUAUCCCCUAUUUUUGGGUCAUGUGGCAGUUCUGGAAGAGAAGUUUUUUUUUUUUUUUCAGGGAGAGCUGGAGGGCAUUCUCCUCUGAAUCCUCAAAGAGCCGGACUUCAGAAAGACCCCUUAGGAAAGUUGUCUCUUUCCAUUCAGGUGUUAAAGGGGACCUUCCAAAAAAGGGUCUUACCUAAGACUCUUGGAGUCCCCAUUUUACUCCUUCAGCAGGAAAUGGAUAAUUUAUUGUACUGAUAAUUGUUCUUGAAACUAAAAUAAAUUAAGUUACUGGA